AGAUGUCCAGAACACGUCUUAAAUGACAAGAAUGAUCAGGCCGUAGGCAUGUUUGGCUUUCAGAGCGCUUCAUCGCCAAAGCGGCCUUCAGAGGACUCGGCUUGAAGCCGGUCGGACAACUUUGACACUAAAAAAUCCUACAUAGCAGGUGGAUAUGUCCACUGGCUCGUCAGCGAGCGAUGCCGAGGACUACGAUGCAUCGUGUCUCAGAAGAACGGAAGAUGACAGAGGACACAAACAGUCCAAGAAGGACCCUCGCCAGUCUCACAGAGACGCGGCCAACGCCAGGGAGAGGGCAAGGAUGAGAGUGCUGAGCAAAGCUUUCUCCAGACUUAAAACCACCCUGCCGUGGGUACCGGUGGACACCAAGCUGUCCAAACUGGACACCUUGCGUCUCGCCUCCAACUACAUCUCACACCUACGACAACUCCUGCAGGAGGAGAACAGUUGUGUGCAGCCGUCCAGUCUGACGUGGCCGUUUCUGACGUCAGCACACUCAGAAGACCAAGACAUGUCCACCACUGGAAGAUUUUGUGGAAGACUUUUGUUUGAUUAAUGUCAAAAGUGAGCAUGAUUUUGCUCGAGCUGUGGAUGGUGCAGAUUUACCUAACAUUGUGGGCAACAGUAAGAGAGUGGAAAACAAAAGGAGUAGUUUUCAUCAGGUUGUUGUCAAGUUGCAGCUGUUCAUGUUUCCCAGACUUCCUAGGAUGCCUGCAGUGACUCUCAGGGGACAUCUAAUGAGCUGCCUUCUCACACUCACAAGGAGGACGAUGUGUGUGUUUAAGUGGUGCCAUCAAUCAGGCCGACAAAGUGACGAUAUGUAUAUAGUGGCCUUAGUUUUUUUGUAUGCACAAAUAAAUAUGCUGGCAAAACUUA